GUUAGCUGUAACUAUGACACGAACGCUGCUGAGACUAAGGGGUCUUCAGCGACAAUGUUCUGCGGUUUUUCAUUCUCCACGUCUCAUAGGGAGGGACUUUCGUAUUCAGACGCUUACUCUAAACAAAGGCAAGCGAGUUAUUAGGAUGGAUAACGUUACCUUUAGCAUUAGCGACAUCUCAAGUGCUUAUUGUUGUUGUUAGCUUUGCUAGCCUGCCUACUAUGUUGUACUCAAAGCGGCUCUGGUUUUAGUGCUCUGCAUUAUGUAUCCGUCAUGCACUUUGACGUAAAGACAGCCAACACUACCUCUGCAUUAUUCUGGUGCAAUGCAAGUCACCGGAGUUACUGAUGCAUCGGCUGUUUCUCCCUCGAAGAGGCCAAAGACCGAGACAAAGCCCGCGGAAAAUGGAGCCGUCCUCAGGUUUGCAAAGCUCUCUGAGCACGCCACGGCCCCCACCAGAGGCUCGACGAAAGCAGCGGGAUACGAUCUCUACAGUGCGUAUGACUACACCAUCGGCCCCAUGGACAAGGCCAUUGUGAAGACGGACAUCCAGAUCGCAGUACCACAUGGCUGCUAUGGGAGAGUGGCACCGAGGUCUGGACUGGCAGCGAAACACUUCAUCGAUGUUGGCGCCGGAGUCGUAGAUGAAGACUACCGAGGAAAUGUGGGAGUUGUGCUCUUCAACUUCAGCAAGGACUCUUUUGAUGUGAAAAAGGGCGACCGAGUUGCUCAGCUGGUGUGUGAGAGGAUCUGCUACCCAGAUCUGGUGGAACAAACGACGCUCGAUGAGACGAAGCGUGGUGCUGGAGGUUUUGGAUCGACUGGACGCAACUGAAAACUAAAUAAUCCAAAUGUUACUGUUGUACAUAUAUUGAUUUUGUGAAAAUAAAGUUAUUUUAUA